AUGGCAGCAACUAGUGCUCCAUCGCCUCGUCCUGCUCCUGUUUCCCCUGCUGCUCACCCUGUCAUUUCGCUCGAUCCGGCUUUCCAAGCCUACGUGUUGGGCCAGAUUGAGGGCAUCCUGGUCGCCUCGACCAACGGGGUCCUCUUGCACUCUGGCAAGAUGGGACGGCUGGACCGGGGUGUCGUCGAGCAGGUCGCUGCCGACUGGCAGGAGGCCGGGCGUACCCCGGUCGUCGAUUUCAUGUACGACUGCCAGACACAACGGCAGCUGUUCCUCCGCCACGCGGCGACGGUCAAGUUCAACAACCUGGACAACGACCGCUUCGCCCAUGCGCUGGAGCUGUGGUCGGCCCUCGUUGCGGCGCUCUCCCCCCGUGUCCUUUGUUUGACCGACAUGGUCAUCCUGGGACAUGUCUACGCCUUACCCGAGGUGCUCAGGAUGCUUCGUGCUCCUGAAGCCACCCGGGUGGCUGCGCGGGACCUGGGGCGGAGAGUCGCUGCCGAGGUCGACAGCAGGAAGGCCGCUGUGGCCAAUAUGGCCGGGAUCUGA